AUGGAAAAUCAGUCACUUAGACACCUCACUAAUACGAGUACUAAAAAAAAAAAAAAUUGAGAACGGUUCCAGUGAUCAGUAACACUAAAAGAAAAUCAUUAACGAUAAUAAUUGGCGCGUCUUACAAAGGAAAUUCCAAAUUCAAAUAAAUAAUUAAAGCAGCAAAAUUGUCAUAAUUGAUCAACAUUUUUAGGAAAAAAGAGUAAUUUUAAUUUCUUGCAUAUAAAUCUUCAAGUGUUGUAAACUUGAAAAAAUAAAUGUAUAAUUUAAAAUUUGGUAAUAACGUUAGUGUCGGACGUGUGGGUCAUGUCAGAAAUUUAGCCUAAAUAUUUAAAACAAAAAUUAUUCAAUAAAAAAGAGAAACAAAUCAACUACAACUAAAAAAAAAGAAAAAAACUCUUCCAACAACAACGAAAACAAUUAUUUAAAUUUUUAACAUUUGCUCGCACAACCUACCUGUAUGGGAAAAGUUAUGAGAUUAAAAUUUUCUACAACUUCUCAUCGAAAAAUUGCCUUAAAAACGCUACAAUUUUCAAAUAAUAGUUUACGUUUGAAAUUGAAAAAAUUGGAAUUAUUUUACAUGUUUAAUAAUUUGUGCAAGAGAAAAACUUUAUUAAAUAGACAUUUGACUUUAUUACCGUUACAAAAGAAAAAUUACGAUAUUUUCUAAUUAGAAACAAGAAACGGAAACGAAAACUGAAAGUGAAAUUGUUGUUUAGUGGUUUUUGAAAGAAAAUCAUUUAGUGAAACAAAAUAAGAUCUAAACCGAAAAUUAUAAAAUUAAAUUUAUAUUGCUGCAAAGAGAACAAAAAAGAAUAAAUAAUUUGGAGUUUAUAACAAGAUUUUGUUUUGUUUAAAAGCGGUCUUGAAGUUUUAGUACUUUUUUCUAUUUCACCGCAAACGCACUUCGACAUUUAAAGCCUUCAAAAUGGUUGGUGUUGCACCCAGUUCUGAUGCCGGUGAAUUGUCAUCGACAAAAAAUCCCAUGAUCAAGUAUAUGCUAAAGCAACGUGAGAAUCAUGCCAAAAAUCAAGAUCGCGAUUACUCGCAUGUCUUUCGCAAGAAAACACGUUUUGAAAUGUUUCGUCUAUCGGCCAUAGCCAUGGCCAUAGAGUUUGCUUAUGCUGCUGAGACAUCGUUUGUAUCACCGAUUCUAUUACAAAUUGGCAUUGAUCACAAAGUCAUGACUAUGGCUUGGGGUCUUUCACCUCUAUUGGGCUUCUUUCUAUCGCCUCUCUUGGGUUCCAUAAGUGAUCGUUGUUACUUGAAAAUGGGUCGUCGUAGACCCAUUAUAACGGUGCUAUCAUUUGGUAUACUUUUGGGUUUGAUUUUAGUACCGUAUGGCAAAGAAUUCGGUUUGCUGUUGGGUGAUGAAGGUUAUACUUAUAAUGUUUCGGCUACAAUAGCCUCAAACUUUAGCAUAGCCGAGGGUAGUGUAGCAGCCUUAUUGUCACCAGAACAAGAGGGUCCUUCUCCUUCCAACUAUAAAUAUGCCACCAUACUUACCAUCAUCGGUUUGGUGUUAUUGGAUUUUGAUGCUGAUACCUGUCAAACACCCGCUCGCACUUAUCUACUCGAUAUGUGUAUACCCGAGGAUCAACCCAAGGCCUUGACCAUGUUCACGUUAUUCGCUGGCAUAGGCGGUACUAUUGGUUAUGGUAUUGGUGGUAUUGAUUGGGAAAAGACUUCUUUUGGUACAUUUUUGGGUGGUAAUAUACCCACUGUAUUCGGUAUGGUUACCAUUAUCUUUGUGGUGUGUUAUUUCAUUACUAUAACCACCUUCCGUGAGAUUCCUUUGAAAUUGAUUGAAAAGGAUGAACUUUUGAGACCCUUAUCGGAUGCAGCCAUUAAAAAGGAACUGAAGAAGUGUAAUACGAAUGUGUUUUAUAUAGAUCAGACCACAACUAUUGAAAAUGAGAUGGCUGAUAAUAACGAAAAAUAUACCGCCAAUGGAAGUUAUCAAAAUGGUAAUGCUGGAACCAACGGUGAUGCCAGCAAUGGUGGACAAAUGCAAAUGCAACAAUAUUCCUCUAAAGCUAUACCCGAACUAGAUGAUGUUGAAGAUGAGAAACCCAUUUCCUUGGCACAAUACCUUAAGAGUAUUUUCGUAAUGCCACCCUCAAUGAGAAUUCUAGCAUUGACUAAUCUAUUCUGUUGGAUGGGUCAUGUAACCUAUUGUCUGUAUUUUACCGAUUUUGUGGGUGAAGCCGUUUUCAAUGGUGAUCCAACUGCUCCUCCUAAUUCCGAUGCUGCCAAUUUAUAUGAAGCUGGUGUACGUUUUGGCUGUUGGGGCAUGUCCAUUUAUGCUUUCUCCUGUUCCGUUUACUCAUUAUCGGUUACCAAACUAAUGAAAUGGUUUGGCACUAAAGCUGUUUAUAUUGCCGGUAUUGUAUACUAUGGUGUGGGUAUGUUGAUCUUGGGUUUAUGGCCCACUAAAUGGGGUGUCUUGGUGUUUAGUACUUCAGCUGGUAUUUUAUAUGGUACACUCUUUACUAUGCCCUAUAUUUUGGUGGCCAAUUAUCAUGCCAAGGAUUGUUUCCGCAUCCGCAAUGGUGAAAAUAUUCCGCUGAAACAGAAACGUGGACUUGGCACCGAUGUUGCCAUUAUCAGCAGUGUUGUAUUCAUUGCCCAGCUAAUUGUUUCCUUGUGUAUGGGUCCUUUAGUGGCCUGGAUGCAAACUACAUGUGCUAUUUUGUAUGCUUCGACAUUUUUGUCGGCCCUAGCUGCCAUUUCAGCCAUGUUUGUUUUGUAUGUUUAAAUACAUACCUAUUGCUAGAUGAGAGUAAAUACAUACAUACAUACGUACAUACAUAUACAAAGUAAAUUUUAAAAAUCAAAAUAUUCCAAACUAUAUAUACAUACAUACUUAUAUAUAUAAUAUCAUACUUACAGAUCUAAGUUAAGGACCAUAAUAUUUAAGUUCUAAAAUUUUUAAAAUUAAGUGUAUUUUUCGCUUUAUUUGUAACAUCUAUAAAUCAAGGGCUUACAAAUUAAUGUUCGUUAUAUCAAUUAAGUUGUUUUUUUUUUGUAUUCUUAAGUACCAAAGUUAUAAUAUUAGAAAUCUAAGGCUCCAUAUUCUCAAUGCCCGGUUAAAAUUUUUCUUUUUACAGAUAUUGAAAAAUGUCUGGGCAUUGAGAAAAUGGCGGCAAAUGUAUUAUUUUAAUUGUUGUUCAUAAUAAAUGUUUUCUUCGUUCCAAA